AUGCGAGUGCCCAUGCGAAAUGCAUUGUUGCAGUUCUUGGCGAGUGUUCAACAAGGCAUUGCUUACACCAGCAGCGUGUCCCGUCCCGGUGGUCAGAACCGAGUGGUAGAACUGGAUUCGGCCGAAUCACAAAUCGAGCAUAUUGUCGCCGCGUCGGCUGAAUGUAUGCGGGGGACACCGCACGAAGGAACGUGGGUCUUCAUGCACGAUGCAUUGUCCCAAAUGACAUGCAAAUCUACGGUUCAAUGGAUGAAGGACACUGGGACCAGUGGGAAACAGCCCGGAAUUUAUGCCCUGGGACUCCUCCCUUAA